AUGGCGGCCAACGUAAUGUUUGGUCAGUUGGGUAGAAGAAGAGCGGAUAGGGUUUUUAGAGAACGUUUUUCUGUACAAAACAUGAGUGAAGAGGAAAUUCGGAGGCGGUAUCGAUUUGGAAAGGAAUCAAUAAAACAAAUCGUGGAUUUACUUGACCCAGUAAUCGGCCAUAGAACUAGAAGGUCGCAGGCAUUAUCAACAGAAAUACAGGUGAACUGUGACGACAAAAUUAUAGAUGGCACCCAUGUACGAAUCCAAGCCCCCUCUCAAAAUGAACCAGCAUACGUUAAAAGGAAAGGCUUCCACUCAGUAAAUGUACAGGCGAUUUGUGAUUAUACAGGCAGAUUUACCAACAUGGUAGCUAGAUGGCCCGGAAGUACACAUGACAGUCAAAUAUUCCGUAUGUCAGGAACAAGACAAACUAUAGAAGAGAAGUUUCACUCGAUUAAGGAUGGGAUUGUUCUUGGUGACAGCGGUUACGCAUGUAAACCUUAUCUUAUGACCCCGUAUCUGAGACCAUCGACACCAGCUCAGGAACGCUUUAACUCGGCCCAUUCGAAGACCAGGGUGACCAUUGAGCGUGCAUUUGGUUGGUGGAAGAGGCGUUUUCGCGUCCUCCAUGCUGAAAUACGGAUGACACCGGAGAGGGUCUGCACAGUCAUAGGAGCAUGUGCUGUACUUCACAAUCUUGCUAUUUUAUUCCGGGAGCCACUUACAGACGAAGAUCAAGACUUGGACGUCGAUGGAAAUAUUCAAGGGCAGUACAACGGACCCGAGGAUGGGAAAAACAUAAGAAAUUAUAUCACACAACAUUAUUUUUAAGAACUUGCAUUUAUUUUAUGUGUACCAAU